GCCGUGUAGCCCUAUGGGUAGAGUACCAACGUCCUUGUCCUGUAUCCAGCGCACACCGACUGGUUUCACUCAAGGGGAGUUCUGUCAUUCACUGAACAGAAAUCAAACCACAGUAAAAUGCUGGCUGCCCGGUUCCUCCGCCGCUCUCUGCCGGUGCUGAGACAGGCCCGAGCCUACGCCGAGGCCGUCUCUGGAGCUCCGCAGAUGUCCUUCACGUUUGCCUCCCCGACACAGGUGUUUUUCAAUGCUGCCAGUGUGAAACAAGUUGAUGUGCCCACCCUGACCGGUGCGUUUGGUAUUCUCCCUGCUCACGUCCCAACUCUCCAGGUGCUCAGGCCUGGUGUUGUCACAGUCUUCAAUGAGGAUGGCUCCUCUACAAAAUACUUUGUGAGCAGUGGGUCAGUGACUGUCAAUGCAGACUCCUCAGUACAACUUCUGGCAGAAGAGGCAGUUCCACUUGACCAGUUGGAUGUUGCAGCUGCCAAAGCCAAUCUAGAGAAGGCCCAGUCCGAGUUAAUGGGUGCAUCUGAUGAAGCAGCAAAAGCAGAAGUUCAGAUCUGCAUAGAGGCCAAUGAGGCCAUUGUUAAGGCCCUGGAGUAAAACUGUGGUUUCUCUGGUUUCAUUAAUGGAAAUCAAUAAUUCCUGUAUUUCCAGCUUCAGUUUGUCUACAUUGUAUUGUACAGUCAUUAAAAUAAAUUUAUUUGGAAUUA